AUGUUCCUGUUUUCAUCACUUCCUGUCCUCCUGUGUGUGGUGACAGCAACCUUCUCAAAUGCAAAAGUGGGUGAGGAUGCUCAGAAGACCUGUCCAGUGGUAGCCUGUGCCAUCCCAGUCACUAACGGCACCCCAGGAAGAGACGGGCGAGAUGGACCCAAGGGAGAAAAGGGAGAACCAGGGCAAGGGCUCAGAGGCUCACAGGGCCCUCCAGGGAAAAUGGGGCCUCCAGGAAAUAUAGGGAAUCCUGGGCUUCCAGGACCCAGGGGCCACAAAGGAGAUCGUGGAGAUAGCUUGGUUGCCGAGGCUAAGCUGGCUAGCUUGGAGGGACAGAUAAGGAACCUGCAAUCAGAACUGGAUCGUGUUAAAAAGUUGCAAACCUUCUCCUUGGGCAAGAAGUCUGGGAAGAAGCUGUACGUGACCAAUGGUGAAAAGAUGCCUUUUUCCAGCGUGAAGGCUCUGUGCACGGCACUUGGGGCGACUGUGGCCACACCCAAGAAUGCAGAGGAGAACAAAGCCAUCCAGGACAUGGCCCCAGAUACUGCCUUCCUGGGCAUCACAGAUGAGGCGACCGAAGGGCAGUUUAUGUAUGUAACCGGAGGAAGGCUAGGCUACAGCAACUGGAAGAAGGAUGAACCCAAUGACCACGGCUCAGGGGAGGACUGUGUGCUCCUCUUACGAGAUGGGCUCUGGAAUGACAUCUCCUGUUCUUCUUCCUUCUUGGCCAUCUGUGAACUUCCAGCCUGA